GGUUUAUUGCUCUGAGAUUAAUUGUAAUAAAUAUAAAUAAAUUCAUCGUACCUAUGCCGUAUUCAUUUUUAGCCUGACUUUAAGUGAAAAAAAGAUACAAUCUAAGCGUGUCCAAACCGUAAUAAAGAUGGAAUUAGUUUAUUCGAUGAGAAGAAAGCCUCUUAAAUGUGAACCACCUCAAUUUGAUGGUACAACAGACCCAGAAGUUGUUCGUCCAAUCUGUACCAUUUCUACUGCCAAUAUAAUAGCAUUUACAUCUCUCACGGAGCUAUCUGACUCCGACGGAGACACCUGGGGUGGGCAUGUGUACGUGUGCGAUCUGAACACACCGUGGAACAGCCAUAAAGUCACUAGUACUGUGCAUCCUGUAUCAGCUCUAGAAUGGGACUGCGAAGGCAAGCAGCUCCUUGUUGCUACUACAAUAGGAGAUGUAUCAGUUUUCGGUCAGAAGGACCAUUUACUUAAUGAGUGGACUAGCUUGUAUAGCGCAAGUUUUCCUGGUGAAAAAAUUAUAAAAGCAAUAUUCUUUCACAACGGCCGACGAAUUAUCGCGCACGACAAGAAACCGGAUGCACUGAUCAGUGAAAAAUUCCAAAUGCAACAACAAACACCAACUUUGAAGGGAUUCGGGGGCGUGGCCGGGGAGGGCGCGUGCGUGCUCACGUGCACGGGGCUGGUGGGCGCGCUGGCGGCGGGGGACGAGCGCGCGCUGGCCGCCAGCGACGCGCUGCGCACGCGCGACCACGUGCCCGCCGCCGCUAUGGCGCACAAGAAUGGCACAAUACUAGUAGCAGCAUGCAGCUCCCGUGGGGGUAAGCGGGUAGUUCGAGCUGCAGUGGUAACAGCUCGACGAGCAGCUGCAGCUGCUCCGCGUCGAGCGCCGGUAGCGCUUGCGCUUGCGCCGCUGCCGGCCUUGUAUCUGCCGCCAGAUGUUAGAGAGCCGGUAUCAAUAAGCUGGUGUCUCCGAGACGAUAUAGACAGUCUGCUGAUCGCCGGCAGCACGGUCAGCAUGUGGAAGCUGACUGUUCGCAGUUACCCUGUGCACAAGUUGCUGUCUAAAGGCCCUCUACAAGGCAGUACGACGCCGGGUGACGUCAGCAAGCCGCCGUCAGAUUGCUUCAAUUCACUUUCCUGGCAACCCACAGGCGCAUGGGCAAUAGACUCGGGCGAAUUCGGAACAUGUAUUGCCAGCUCUAAACUACAAUUGAAUGCUCCACUCGCUGUGAUGACAACACCGAGAGCGAUCCACCUGUUGGGAGAGUCGCAUCAUUAUUUAUGUUCCCGUCCCAUAGUGACGGGGUCUGAAGUGAGCCCACCCGCUUCCACACCGCCGAAGAAAACUAAAUAUGGCCCUGGAGUUUUACCGAGCGGGUCGCGGUGCGCGCGCGCGUGGAGCGCAGACGUGUCGUGGUCGGCGAGCGCGGCGGUCGUGUGCGACUCGCACUCGCAGCUCCACGUGUACAGGAUACAGCCGGAUAUGCCGGCUCAGCACCAAAUUGCACACUUGGUGACACUACUCGAGUACGCGAUGGUCAGUGGAUACGAUUAUCUGGAUGUGCUACUGACGCUCAAACCGAAUGUGCUAGAAGCUUUAUAUGAGAGAAUGACAGAGAGCUUCCAAAGGCAACCGCAGCCGUUCCAGCAGUUUUAUUAUCACACUUGGUUGAAAUUAAGAAUUGUAUUAUGCAGCAUGAUCCCAACAGCGCAAAGCAGCGCGUCCAACCUAACAUCGCUAUACAUGUGCGCGAGCGCAGCAGCCGCGUGUGCGGGCGCGCUGCGACCCGACGACAAGCCCGAGCCCGCACCGCCUGCCGCCUUGUUGGCACUGCUUGAUGAUAGCGUGGAUCAUGAUAAGAAUCUCGUAGCGCUUGAAGCGAAAGCGGAAGCGUUCGGCGAAGCGGCCGCUGGAGCGCUGCAGCCGCUGCAAGCGUUGCGUCGUCCUUUACAGAGGGCUUUACAUACAGCGCUGACAUUGCUUGCGGCGCUCGCUGCGUUGCACAAUACUGCUCAUCAUGGCUACGAGCUAUACUCGGAAGCGAGUGCAGUACAGCUGCUCCGCAAGCUGGUGGUGGUGUGUCGAGCAGCGGGCGGCUGCUCGGCGCCGGAGCUGAGCCGCCCGCUGGCGAGGCUCGCUGCUCAUGCUCUCAAGCCGGACCUGCUGGAGGAAUGUCUAACGAUUUGCGCGCAAAACACCGCGCGCGUUUGGGACUCGUUAGCGCGCUGCGGUCUCAUCGCACCGCAUUCGAAACCCAUACCUUUUUAUUUUGAAUAUGGUGUAGAACCAGAAUCUCUGAGAUUCACACCAGAGCCUCCGCCGUAUGCCGUUUCCGAUUUAAGCCCGUCGUUUGACAUGGAUGCUAUACGAUAUAUGUACUUGGGCGGCGGGAACAUGUGCGCAAAAUGGCGCGCGUGCUCACGGUGCGGUGCGCGAGCGCUGCCCGCGGCGCAGUGCGCCCGACAUCCGCUACAGAGAGCGUACGAUGGACGCUUCGCGGGGAGCUGCCGAUGCGGUGGAAAGUGGACAUUAAUCUCCAAUGUGUAGUUUAAGAAUAAAAUGUAUUAGUAAAACAAUUAUGUAAAUAUUGCUAAUAAAAUAUUUCAUAAAA